CCAACACCUCCUUUCCAUCUUUCUCAAUGAAUGUUCGUUUGUUUCGAUGCUGGACGAACACGACUAGUGAAACGCAUUCCACGCCUUUCCACUCCAUCAGCUUCGCGUAGCAGAGCAAUCGCGCGAUUUUCCGAUCGUGCCAUGAGCUCGUCUCACCAGCUCUUUUGUCUUCACUACACGUCUUCCGAGCCGCGUGUCACUUGAUGAAGUUCACUGUCAGAUGGCCACUCAUGAGGUAUAUGAUACAGCUCUGCUCUUCUACUUAAGUCCACGAGAGCACUACAUUCGAUUCCUACAAUCAACUAGAUCAACCUUCAGACCAACCUAUACUCACAAGCUUCUCUGGAACCCACUCGCUAAGAUCAUGUCAUAUUCCAACUCCAGGUACGAUUACGGCGACCCACCCCGUCAGCCUCACGGUAUGGCUAUGUUCCCCCCCUCAAGUCGGCGCCAUACCCCUGCAGAUACAUCGUCUUCCCCUCGCUCAGCUUCCGUCCGACGCCCUGCUAGAAAUGCCGAUCUCGCCCAUCGCUUCUGCCGCGCCGGCAUCGAGAUGUGGACGCAGCACAUCCCGCCACAAGUCGCACAGCGCAUCAAAUCAACACCAAACUUCACCUGCCCCAUCUGCCUAGACGACACCCCCAACCCCAUCAUCAACCUGCCCUGCGGCCACACGCUAUGCAAGCGCUGCACGACCGCGCACUACGAGGAGGGUGGUCUGAACGGCGGCGACUGCGUUUGUCCCGUGUGUCGUGGCUCCAUGCAGCGCAUGACCGACUACAAGAACUUCCUCUUCGUGUUUGAUCCCAACAAUCCGAAGUUGAGCGACGCGGACUUCCAGCGCAUGGUUGACGAGAUAGAGCGUGUGAGGGAGCGUGGGCCGAGGAGGGAUGCGCGUGCACCUGCACAUGUUCCUGUUCCGAGCCAUCGUGGCCAAGAGGGUACGAAUAUUCACGGAUACCGUCAGCCGUCUGCUGCUGCUCCUCGUCUGCCGGGUGGCGGUAGUCGCCUUCCGCCUACUUCUAGUUCACGUUCUCAGUAUUACAACAGCGGUUUUACCAGCGCGGGCACUGCGCCUGAGAUGCAAAUGGGCAGACAGACACCGUAUCACUACCAUGUGGAUGAAUCUCGACGCCCUUCUAAUCGUCGCGAGACGGGCAUGUACGCCUUCGAUCUUGCAGAGGACCUCCUCUUCCGCACCUUUCUUCGCGGUUCAAACGAUCAAUUCGAGUCUCGUGGUGGAGGCAUAUUUUGCCUUCUCGAGGGCUUUCCAUUCCCUGAGUUUCCUCGCGACCCGCAUGGUAGGCAGGGCUCUCGCGACUCAUACGGUCAGCAGGGCCCUCGUGGCGGGAAUACCUAUGGCCCCGGCUAUGGACGUUACUAAGCUUUGGUCAUUUUCCUUUUCAUUUCAUCACAUCUCUUUCCUGUCUUGAUCCAUCUUCGGAACUUAUCGGCAUCUACGCGCAGUCCGCAGAGCACUGUCUAUCCGGUGUUCUACGCUCCAAAAUAGCAUUUCCUUUUGACUCUUCUUAGAACAAUAUUUGUAGUGUGCGACGCUGAUUUGGCCGGACUGGACUUUCUGUCUCAUUGUUUUUUUUCCAGCGGUUAAAAUAGGUCAUCAACAAUCAAUAUGUCACUUUCCUUCUGCGUUUCUCCGUGUUCAUCCCAUGCGUUCUCAUAUUCAAUCUCCGACUUUCUUCGCGUACUUUCUUUCUGUCCCAACUAGCCAUAAUCCCAUCGUUUCCCAGU